AAAAGGCAAAAAGGAAUGAAAAAGAGAGAAAGAAAAAAUAUGUACGAGCAUCUGAAUGCAAAAAGCCGAAGAGGAAAAAGGGCAAAUUACAAGCAUAUUCUGCUCGAUGAUUAGGGUUUUGAUAUCGGCAACUAAAAGGACUGAUUUCGCUAUCAAAUUUGCGAAUCAGUGACGCUUUGCCUUUUUCUUUAUUCUCUUCUACACAAUCCCUAAAACUUUCAUAGAAGCAAAAGCAAAUGCAAAAGAAUGAUACUGAUACCUGCUGAUUCUUUCAAUUAAGCAGAUAUGCUGCCUGCUCAUUAUUCUGAUCCAACGCAGAAGAAGAGGGGAAGCUUAGAGCUUAUAUAGAGGAGAACUGGAGAUGGGUAUAUGCAUAAAGUAAAACCCUAGUUUUAAAUUUUUCCAAUUUAGAUUUUGAGUUCGGAAUUGCCGAGUAAAACCCAAUUAUUCGGGCUCAAUUGGGCCUGGAAAAUGAAACCUCAACCCUGUUGGAGCCCAUUCUCGAUUAAAACCCCAUGGCAUGACACAGCAUAAACCCUCGCUCAAGAGCUAGCGCAAUUUCUCUCUCUCCAUGUCCAGAAAGAAUCAGAUUCAGAGUGAUGAUGGCAUCACUAGCUUCUUCCAUUUCCAAAGCCCUAACGAAAAGGGUCAGUGCUAAUGUUGUUGUUGGUGGUGGUAGUGGGGCCAUUUCUUCCCUGCCAAAGCAUUGGGCUCUUUCAUCUUCCUUGCUUUGUACCUUAGCCGCUGCCGUCUCCACCUCCCCUGCGUCUGACGCUCCUUCUACUUCCUUUCCUCAACCUCAAGGAUGUAAUUUGCAAGAAAAAGAGAGAGGCUCGAGAUGGUCCAAAUGGUUGCUAUUUCUACCUGGAGCUAUCACUUUUGGCCUUGGAACUUGGCAGAUUUUCAGAAGGGAAGAAAAGAUUAAAAUGCUGGAUUAUAGACAAAAGAGAUUGGAAAUUGAACCUGUGAAUUUCAAUGACUUAUCGCCAUCAAGUGAGCUAUUGGAUACUUUGGAGUUCAGGAGAGUGGCAUGCAAAGGUUUUUUUGAUGAGAAGAGAUCAAUCUAUGUGGGUCCACGUUCUAGAAGCAUAUCUGGAGUGACUGAAAAUGGUUACUAUGUCAUUACACCGCUAAUGCCAAUCCCCAACAACCCUGAGAGUGUGCAGUCACCAAUUCUGGUGAAUAGAGGAUGGGUCCCUCGUAUUUGGAAGGAAAGAUCCUUGGAAAUUUCACAACAUGUUGAACCACCUUCAGAUAUAAAAUCCUCAUCUUCUCAAGAGAGCGAACGAAGCUCAUGGUGGAGGUUUUGGUCCAAGAAGCGAAAAGUUAUUGAGGAUCAAAUCCCAGCUGUCACUCCUGUAGAAGUUGUUGGAGUGGUUCGAGGGAGUGAAAAGCCUAGCAUUUUUGUUCCAGAAAAUGCUUCAAGCUCUGGCCAGUGGUUCUAUGUUGAUGUUCCAGCAAUCGCUCGAGCUUGUGAGCUUCCUGAGAAUACUCUCUAUGUGGAAGACAUCAAUGAAAAUGUUAGUUCAGCAUGCCCAUACCCUCUUCCAAAGGAUGUCAAUACCUUGAUACGCAGUUCAGUCAUGCCACAAGACCAUCUAAAUUAUACAUUGACAUGGUAUUCUCUAUCUGCUGCUGUUGCAUUUAUGGCUUUCAAGAGACUAAGGCCAAAAAGAAGCCGGAGAUAGCGAUUCUGUAGUGUAAGAAAUAUACGUUUUCUGAUCAACUUCCUAUCCUAAAUUUCAUGGCAAGAAUUUGAUUGAAGAUCAUGAAGCUGCUCAAUACAUUGAUCUUCAUUAUGAAUCCUAGGCAACUUAAAGAAAUUCUUUUGUCAGGUCUAUUGAACUGGGAAAUAUUCCUGGCAUCUUGCAAUAUUGAUGGUUUAUCAUUUGCAGAUAUGCAAAAAUUUUUGGUUAAAGCUGCUUUCAGCUUGGGUUUUUUUUACUUGUUAAAUUUAUGUAGGCAUGAAUAAUGUACAUUUUGGUUUAACUGAGAUGAGCCAAGAUCCGUUAGUGAAAGAAUGUGACAAGUGACAACUAUCCCAUCUAGUUGACAUUUAAGAUCACAUUGAGCAUGUAUUGUUGUUCAAUAA